UUCGUUUACAUUUUCAUUUCUCUUUUACAAUUCCUUCAAUUCACUUUCGGACAAGGAUUUUGCAAGCUCUGCUCAUAUCCAGAUCCCCGGCGACAUAUCUACACACCUCCCGUAGCGUCGAAAGCAGCGUCGACCGUCUGGUCCUCAUCCGCCAACAAAAGCCGCAGAUCCUUGAGGAAAACAGCAGUUCUCAGCUUCAGGAGCACUGCAACUUCACCGACUCCCCGCUGCAGACAAGUCAUACCGAGGCCCCCUUCCUCGGUUGUUCUUUGUCUUUGCUGCGGUCAGUCGAUCUGAAAAUUUCGUAUGCCAAAUCUACACGUUCACUUUCUGAAUGGUAAUGUCAAAGCCUUUCGGCAGGAGCUCGAUGGGACUGCCGGAGGUUGUACUCCCAAGGGAGGCAAUGGUGGGGGAGGGGGCUUAGGGCCAAGUAGUGCCUCAGGGGGUAAUGGCAAAAGCUGGAUGAUGAGUGGAAUGGGCGCGAGUGGCAAGGCGGAUCCAAACGAGAGGGAUAUGUUUGGGAGGACUGUUCUACACCUUGCUGCAUCAUCUACAACGCCAAUGGCCUACACAUUCUUUCAGAUUUUGCUUCGACACCCGCAGCUACAAGUUAACCUCCAAGAUCAAGAAUCCGGUUACACAGCUCUACAUCGCGCUCUGUUUGUGGGGAACAUACGGGCAGCUAGGGAUUUGUUGCUGAGGAAUGAUAUUGAUACGUCGAUAAAAGACGCAGAGGGCAUGGCGGCGUAUGAUUUGUAUAAUGGUACUGUCGAUGGGACUAACCCGCCACAAAAUGGCAAUGGCACAGAUCUGUUCGUAUGGGGAGUCAAUCGCAAUUUCGCUCUCGGCACAGGUGACCAGUCAGACAAAGCGUUUCCCGAUCAUAUCAAUCUUCUCACCCAAGCACAAGCCGCUGGCCGUUCGGAUCCUUCCCAAAAAUUCAGUCAUGUUGGUGUUAAAGAUGUUGUAAUGUCCAAACUUCACACGGGAGUCAUAACCUCUGAAAGUAGGGGUAACCUCAGCCUGUGCGGUUUCGGCGCCAAUGGAAGAUUGGGAAAAUCGAUCCAUUCUCAACUGGCUCUUGUGCCCAUGACUGAUCUACAGCAUUCGAUUGUGUCAAUUGCUUUAGGGCAAGACCACACGCUGGCUUUGACAUCGGGCGGAUAUAUUCUUUCUUGGGGAUACAAUCGGUUUUCACAGCUGGGCUAUGUCAUUGAAGCGCCGGAAAAGCCUGCGGGUAUGGGGAAGGAGGGUGAUGAUCUUAUUCAAGUGUCUCCCAAGAGAAUUGUCGGCCCUCUGAAGAAAGAAUUUGUCAGAGGUGUCGCAGCGGGUAGGAUGGCCAGUGCUUGUUGGACAGCAGAUGCGGUCUGGACCUGGGGUACUAACGCCGGUCACUUGGGGUACGACAAGGCGUCAAACCCUGUUCAGACAGUGCCAAGACGAGUGACUUCAAUCACUCAACCGGUCGUCGACAUUGCGUUUUCCGAUUACGCUAUGAUCUGCCUUCUCGAUACUUCUGAAGUCAUUUGCUUCCACGGCGAUACAAACUUCAAAAUUUCAUUCUCCAUUCCUCGGCUUCUUCCCGAAGCGUUUCCCUUUCGACCACCACAAACCACUUUAAAGCCAAUGAUCACGAAGGUGGCCAGUAGCGCCUCCUCUUUUGCAGCCCUGUCCUCCAUUGGAGACGUGUUUACAUUCACGUUACCAAAUCCCAUGGAAGAUGUAUAUAAGGAUGGGCGACAUGUAGUUGUCAAGCCUCAAAUUGUGUGGGCGCUGAGAAAGAAUUUUACUGCUGUCAAGGAUGUCGCUAUAGGAUCUGACGGCACAGUCAUUGUGUGCACCCAUUCGGGUCACGUAUUUGUUCGCCAACGCUUAAAAUCGGGCUCUGGCCAACUCAAAUUUCGUCGUAUUCCCUAUCUGCAACGAGUCAUCAAAGUCGCCACAAAUGAAUCCGGGGCGUUUGGUGCUAUCCGCGUUGAUGCUAGGCCAACGCCUAUCAAGCUGGUUGGGAAGACGCUUGAGGAAGAUUUAUUCUUACUGCAGCCUCAUUUUCACCGAUUGGAGCAUCAGAUGACAGCCGAAGACUUUGAAAAAUUGAACGCGAACAGUAAAAAGACUGACGACGAUGAGGAAGAAGAUGAUGAGAGCACCAACUCUGUCGCUAAAGAUACAUCCAUCGCUCUCAAGAUGUGUACUAUUUUGUCAAGGUGGAGAACAGGCGAGGGAGAUUCUUUAUUCGCUUGGAGUGACCCGCUACUAAGCAGUGAUUGUCAUCUGAUCAUCCAGGGUUUGGCGAUCCCAGUACACAGCGCCAUUCUCUCCAUGAGGGCUGUGAAAAUUGCCCAAUUGCUUGCAGGGGAGUACACGAGCAAUGUACUCUCCUUGGGAUCGUAUGGCACGUCCCCUGCCAUCAAGGUGGAAGCGUGCCAUCCCCUCGUUGGUUUGCUACUCAUACAGUAUCUGUACUCUGAUGACGUUGCCGCCAUCUGGGAUGCUCGUGUAGCGCGCAUCAUUCAAGACAAGUACGCCGCGGAAAAAAUCCCUGUAGGAGACAUCAAGUCUGAGCUCAAAGCCCUUGCCGACGAACUCGAUCUUUCGCCUCUAUCCUCUGUCCUCUCCUAUGCCGCCAAGCAACCUCUUCCCCAUCAUACUCUCUCGUCAGACAUGCAGUCCUUCUUCAACACGACUUUUACCGUCCCAGCGGGGCCUGAAUCACCAUGCGAUGUCACCAUAUUUUUAUCGGAUAAACAGGUUUCUUGUAAUUCUGUGAUCUUGAGGGCCAGGUGUCCGUUCUUUGAGGCAAUGUUUGAAGACCGAGAUUGGACGUUGAACAGGAAGAGUGAAGGGGCGGUGGUGGUGAGGAUGACCCACUUGAAAUGGACGCCGAUGAAGCUGGUGUUCAGGUGGAUGUAUGAAGGGGUGGAGGAUGACUUGUUUGAUUAUCUUCAUCAAGAUACAUUGGACGAGUUCUUGGACUUUGUCUUUGAAGUCAUGGCUGCAGCUACGGAGCUUCUUCUUGACCGCCUUGUCCUUGUCUGCUCCCGAGCUAUUAUCCGCCAUUGCAAUGCCUUCAACGCCGCUGCGCUUGCCUCUGAAGCAUCUUUUUAUCAAGCCAACACGCUCAAACUUUCCGUUUUUGACUACAUCAUCUCAUGUCUGGAAACCAUGCUUGAGAGCGGCUUGUUAGACGAAAUGGAGCAGAGCGUUCUGCAGGAUCUGUCGAGUGUUAUUGCCGAGAAGCAGAAGAAACGAUCCCCUGUGGCGAGAGAAGGGGUGCUCGUGAAGGAGUUGAUGGCAAAACACCGAGAAUGGCUGUUGGUGCAAGACAUCCCGGCGCCGAUUGUGCGACAACCUUUCAAAUAUAGGGCGAGGUCAGCGAUGUCGCCUGUCGACCUUUCUUCGGCCAAGCCGGUGGCACCGAGACGUAAACCGCCACCUUCACCAAUGGUCAAUCCCAGUGCUGAAGUCUCUGACAAAUCAUCAGCUGCGGAUGGUAUCUUCCAGAUGGACGACGAUCUGCCGACGCCAACGACCAGUGCAUCGGAAGUACGGACACCGAAUAGGGGCUCGAGGUCAAUGACGCCUCUGAGUCUUGGUGCUACACCUUUCCAGCCUGCUGCUUCCACGUCUGGCUCGUCGACACCGGCCAAGACACCGAUAUGGAAAUCAAAGACUGUGGAGACUGGUAAGGCUGAUUUGCGGAGUAUCAUGGCGGAGACUGCGGCUGCCAAGACGCCUUUGAAGCCUGUAUCCAUGCCUGUGGUGGCAUCUGCGGUCGGAAAUGGUUCAGCGGCGCGAGGCGGGUUCCCGCUGCCGGCGUCUGGGGCUGCGCCUUCCAAGGGUAUGCUGGCACGCAGUCCUCCAUCGGCAGGUCCUUCUACCGGUGGCCCAUGGAGAGCGACUGAAGUGAGGAAGACGUCGUUUACUGCGCUGCAAGGUCAGCAGGCGACUAACGGUCUCGGAACGGGAUCGCCAGGGAACACGAGCACGAGCACGAGCACGAGCGCGAACGCGAACGCGAACGCGAACACGAACACGUUGAACAGAAGCGCAGGCUCUCAGGCGUCUCCGGCUCCCCAACGCUCCGGCUCGGCCAAGGUCAUUACUCCUGUCAGACUCCAAGCACCUGCGACGCAGCCGCGCAAGAGCAGUACGCCCACCGCGGCGUGGUCCACUCCAAGCACAUUCAUCCCCCCUCCGCCGAUCAGCGUCUCGCCCGUCGCACAGGGUCUAUCUCUCUUGGCGAUCCAGCAGCAGGAGCGGGAAGCCGCCGAAGCGCUCGCACGGAGGCCUGCGAAGAGUCUGAGGGAAAUUCAAGAGGAAGAGCAGGAAGCAGAACGGGCAAGAGUGCAGGAGGAAGAGUUCAUGCGGUGGUGGCACGAGGAGGAAGCGAGGGUCGCAAAGGAGACUAGGCAGGGAGCUGUGGGCGGCAAUCAGCAGGGCCAGAGUGGAAGAGGUCGAGGACGAGGCGGACGCGGGAAAGCAAGAGGCGGGGGCGGCGGAGGGCGAGGUAGAGGAGGUGGGCAGGGUGGGCAGAAUGGCCGAGGAGAGGACAAGCAGGGCGGGGCUGCGCCGACGGGCACGCACGGCCAGCCGAGCCAAGGACGUGGGAAACAUGACGGCGGGCGAGGAGACGGGAGUGGCCCGCGUGCGUUGGGCAAGGCAUGAUGCAUAGAGCAGGCUGGGAGCUGUACGACAUGUUGUACGGGUAUUCCCGGCGCGGGUUACAUAGAGUUAUGCAUGGAUUAUGCAUGG